AUAUCGAUAUGCCGGGAUUUGCCCAACAUCGAGGUGAUCACCUUCAGCGUGAACGGCAUCUCCGACCUCGAGCCGCUGCGUCAGUGCCAGAACCUGACUGAACUCUACCUGAGGAAGAACAACAUCACAAGCCUAAAUGAGCUCUUCUACCUCAAAACCCUACCCCGGCUGAGGGUCCUGUGGCUGUCUGAAAACCCCUGCUGUGGGUCAGACCCCCACCGCUACCGGAUGACCGUGCUGCGUAACCUGCCCAGCCUGCAGAAGCUGGAUAACCAAGCUGUGACAGAAGAAGAGCUGUCCCAGGCCCUGGUGGAUGGUGAGGAGAUCACAGCCCCACCAUCCAGGAGGGGGGUGGACAACGCCUGCCCCGGCUCCUCGGAAUCCAGUGCUGCUGAGUCUGCAGCCGAGACGGAGAGCGAACUGCUCAGCUUCACUCUGGAGGAGACAAACAAAAUUCGAGAGGAGCUUGGUAUGAAGCCGGUUCCCAGGGAUAAAUUUUCCUCCUUUUCACCUCGAGAGACAGACUGUAGCCAAAAGGAGAGAAACAAUGUCCUGAAUGCCAUCCUGCUUCUCACAAAGGAACUGGAUGUGGAGGGUCUGGAGAUUGUCCAGCAGACAGUGGGGAGGAGGCUCCAGGCCUUUCAGAAGAAGGAGCUGCAGGAGGAGUGA